UGCUGACUCUGCGCCGCGCUCGGCCCACGCUCCCUCCCGGCCGGCCGGGCUCGGGAAGUCCGGCGACGAGGCGUCUAGCCUGGGCGUCCCGGACCGAUGCGGGCGGAGAGCCGGCGAGCGGCCAUGGAGCAUCGCGGGCUGGGGCGGCCGCGGCUGUGCUGGCUGCUGGCGCUGCUGGCGGCGCUGGCGCUGCGGCCGGUGCGCGCCUCCGCCUCCCCCUCGGCGGACCUGUCGCUUUGGCCCAUGCCUGUCUCGGUGCAGACCACCCCGCGCGUGCUGCUCCUCUCUCCCGACAGCUUCUUCUUCGGCCACAGCUCCGCUUCCAAGGCCGGCCCCUCCUGCACGCUCCUGCAGGAGGCGUUUCGGCGCUAUUAUGACUAUAUUUUUGGUUUCUACAAGUGGCAUCAUGGCUCUGCUGAUCUUCGUGUCGGAAUGGAGUUGCAGCAACUUCAGGUCUCCGUUGUGCUGGAGCCAGAGUGUCACGCUUUCCCCAGCAUCUCUUCGGAUGAGUCCUAUACUUUACUUGUGAAAGGACCGGUGGCUUCGAUCACUGCCAACAGAGUUUGGGGAGUAUUACGAGGUUUAGAGACCUUUAGCCAGUUAAUUUAUCAAGAUUCUUAUGGGACUUUCACUGUCAAUGAAUCCAACAUUGUAGAUUCUCCAAGGUUUCCUCAUAGAGGAAUUUUAAUUGAUACAUCCAGACACUUUCUGCCUCUUAAGAGUAUUUUUAAAACUCUGGAUGCCAUGGCUUUUAAUAAGUUUAAUGUUCUCCACUGGCACAUAGUAGAUGACCAGUCUUUCCCUUAUCAGAGUGUCACUUUUCCUGGAUUAAGCAAAAACGGAAGCUACUCUUCGUCUCACGUUUAUACACCAAACGAUGUCCGUAUGGUGAUUGAAUAUGCCCGAUUACGAGGGAUUCGGAUCUUGCCAGAAUUUGAUACCCCUGGACAUACGCAGUCUUGGGGAAAAGGCCAGAAAGACCUCCUGACUCCAUGUUAUAAUAGAAAAGAGCCAUCUGGGACUUUUGGACCUAUAAACCCUGCUUGGAAUACAACUUACAGCUUCCUGUCUAAACUUUUCAAAGAAAUUAGUACUGUGUUUCCAGAUGAAUUCAUUCAUUUGGGAGGAGAUGAAGUAGAUUUUGAUUGUUGGGAGUCCAAUCCAGAAAUCCAGGAUUUCAUGCGGAACAGAGGCUUUGGCAAAAAUUUUAAGAAACUAGAAUCUUUCUAUAUGCAUAUGGUCUUGGAUAUGAUUUCAGCCAUGAACAAGAGAUCCAUAGUCUGGCAAGAGGUUUUUGAUGAUGAAAGCCAGCUUACGCCAGGCACAGUAAUUCAAGUAUGGAAAUGGGAGAACUAUAAUCAGGAACAAAGUCAAGUUACAAAAGCUGGCUUCCCUGUGAUCCUUUCUGCUCCUUGGUACUUAGACAUCAUCAGUUAUGGACAAGACUGGAAACAUUAUUAUGAAGUGGACCCUCUUAAUUUUGAGGGUUCUCAGGAACAGAAAAAACUUGUUAUUGGUGGAGAAGCUUGUCUAUGGGGAGAGUAUGUGGAUGCAACUAACCUCACUCCAAGAUUAUGGCCUCGGGCAAGUGCUGUUGGUGAGAGACUCUGGAGUCACCAAGGCAUCCAAGACCUAGGGGAUGCCUACAGGAGACUGACAAUUCACCGCUGCAGAAUGGUCAGACGAGGAAUAGCUGCAGAACCUCUCUUUACUGGAUAUUGUGACCAUGACAGACUGUUAAAAUGAGCUGAAACAGAAGAAAAAUAGGGGAAAAAAGCCCACAGUCAUCUGUACUACAAUCAACUUGAUUUUACAAAUCAUGUUUUUGAAUAAAAUAUCUUUUUAUUGAUUUAA